AUGCAGAAAGCUAAGAGAGUCGUUGAGAACCUCACCUCCCAUGAUGGGAGACACGAUACUACCGUCGACGAAGAAGUGCGACGGCCCGUGACUGAGGAGCAUGUUCGACCCCAGGAGCAUGAAGCCGUGAAGACGGCUGUUGAGAAGGAGGUUCAUCGGGAUCAUCAUCAUACAACGGUUCAGCCCGUUCAAGAUAGAGAAGUUCUUCCCGAGAAACAUACUCACAAGGUCUUACCCACUGAGCACAAGACUUUUGAGCAUGGCCAGAACAAUGAGAUUGAAGGAUUACUUCAACGCGACGCAGCCAAGUACAAGGACACUUCUGCCGUCCACGACACCAAAUACACCUCUUCCGAAGCGCCUACCGUCUCCGGUGAACGAUGGCACCACCACGUUCACGAGCAUGUCCAGCCGGUUAUCGAGAAAGAGACUGUGGCUCCAAAGGUUAUUCAUACGACUGCUCCCAUUCAUGAAACUCACCAAGCCACUGCGGCACACCACGGGACAAAGGUUCUUCCUGCCAAGACAAUGGAUGAAUUCACUCGUGGUCAUGGUUCACUUGAGAGUAGCGGGCUUCACAAGACUACCGAAUAUGAGGGCUGUCCAUCAUUUGAUCAGAAAGAUUUGGAAAAUCUUAAUCGGGCGGAGGGGGUUGGUCGCUGA